AUAACAUGCCUCGGACGGCAGGACGCAAUCCGCAAUGUGUAUGAGGUGGCUCCCGCGACAAGCCCAACGAGAUCCGCUAUCUUGGCCAUCGCUUACGCGGACCUUGCGGUGCAGGAGCGCCAUGGUGGACCUUCAUCCAGGUCAUUCUUCGCUUACCACGAGACGAUUCGCCGUAUCCAGAGUCACAUCAACAGCGCCGACUCCACCUCUAUCGCAGAUGAUGAUGUCCUUGCCGCCAUCCUUGCUAUUGAUGCAUACGAGCACAGAUGCUCUACAUCAGGCGAGCAACAGUCUUAGGUGUCCAUACCUCGGCAAUUGUGCAACUACUUCAAAUACGCGAUGAUGCGAGCCGAACGCAACACUCCAACAGUCUCGCCUUAGGUCGUGUCGCUGCUCCGAGAAUUUUGGGCCGCCAGCUGCUCUGCAGACUGCCGUCUUUGAGUAGGGACAUGAGACACCUUACAAUGUUGGGUGCACACCCGUUCAAUGUUCGUGUUGGAGAUUUCGUAAAUGAAGCUUGCGAUGUCCUAUACUUGCCAGACGAGCGCAGCAGUCACGCAUCCCUUGAAGGCGCGGUGUCCGACCAUGACGACAGGGAAAGGAGAGCCUUUACCUUACUAGAAGAGACAGAAGCCUGGCUAAGCGAAGAACCUACCGUGCCGAGACCGGACAGAGUUCAGCUGCAACCGCACGGAAUCCUACCUUGGCCUUUCUUCUCCGCUAAAGGAGCCGUCCGGGUGCAUACCAACGCAUGGGUGAUACGCGACUGGGUGAUCUACCACAUGUGUCGCAUUCGAAUACUGGAAGCCGUAGUCGCCGCAGACCUGGGUGAUACUCUGACGCACCUAGCUAGAAUUCAUGAGAGCUGCAGUUUCCUAUUGGAAACGGUGCCUAUUCUUGUCGGUGCUUUGAAAGAGGACAGUAUAGUCUACGAGUUCAGGAUUAACGACAUAGGUAUCAUGGUUGCACAAUACCCACUGUGGCUAAUCCGAGACAGCAGAAACGCCCCCGACGACGCACGUCAAGCAGCUGCUCAAAUGCUCGCACAUAUCGCGGCGCAGAGAGGCAUCGAAGCUUAGCCAGUGAACGGAACUUAGUAUCUCAAGCUCGCUCUUGCUCUUAACCUCCCACCAUACCGUCAGAGCAGAAGUGGCAUAGGCACGUUGA